AUGUCCAAAGUCAUCCUAGCUAUCAACGCCGGCUCUUCGUCCGUCAAAGUCUCAGUCUUCAAGGGAACUUCCAAGGACACCGAGCCAUCUCAGCUUGCUGAAGUGUCCGUUGCUGGAUUGACUGCACCUCCCUCAACACUCACAUACAAACGCGGAGACCACAAAGUCAAGGAUCAGAAGAUUGAAGGUGCCAGUUCUCAAGAAGAUGCUUUCAAAUACAUCCUUGAGCACCUCUUGAACGAUGAUGGUCUGCCUGAACUCAAGAACAAGGAGGAUAUUGAGUUUGCAUGCCAUAGAGUAGUUCAUGGAGGAGAGUUUGACAAGCCUACGAGAAUUGAUAGGGAGACCUAUCAUCAGAUCGAAGAACUCUCUGAUCUGGCGCCUCUCCACAACGCAGGUGCCUUGACUAUUGUCAAAGCUGUCCACGAACAACUGCCCGCAGCAACCAACAUUGCUUUCUUCGACUCGGCGUUCCACUCUUCUAUCCCAGAACACAUCCGCACAUACCCCAUUGACCAAAAGCGAGCAAAGACCAACAAGCUUCGCAAGUACGGCUUCCAUGGUCUCUCAUAUGCGUUCAUCACCAGAUCAGUGGCAGAGUCUCUGAACAAACCCGCCGACUCUCUCAACAUCAUCGCUCUUCACCUUGGCAGUGGUGCCUCUGCCUGUGCCAUCGUCGAUGGAAAAUCCUUCGAUACUACCAUGGGCUUGACCCCCUUGGCUGGUCUUCCUGGUGCAACCAGAUCAGGCUCUGUCGACCCCAGUCUAAUCUUCCACUUUACCCACACAGCUGGAAAGCCCAGUCGCAGCAGCACUAAGGAGCUGCACAUCACCGAGGCUGAAGAGAUCCUCAACAAGAAGAGUGGUUGGAGUGCAAUUGCUGGAACCACUGACUUUGGUGUCAUCAGCUCAAAAGCAGAGCAAGGUGACAAAGAUUGUCAACUCGCCUUCAACCUGUUCGUCGACAAGAUUCUGAACUUUGUGGGCGGUUACUACGUUAAGAUGGGAGGCAAGCUGGAUGCCCUGGUCUUUGCUGGUGGUAUUGGAGAAAAGGGAGUUGAGCUACGUUCUCGUGUGGUCGAGCAACUGGGUUGUCUUGGCUUUGAACUUGACCAGGAGAAGAACAAGAAACCUGAUGACAAGCAAGUGGUGGACAUCACGAAAUCUGGAUCCAAGCACAGAGUCCUCAUCUGUCAAACGGAUGAACAGACCGAGAUGGCAAGGCAGUGUGUUCAGAAGGCAGAUGACUUCCGAAAGCAGGCCUAA